GGCCAGCAGAAUGGACUGAAUGAGGGCGAAGAAGGGAGCGGUUAGCCCAAUGCCGACUUUUAUAGAGGUUAUACAUCAUUUUUGGCACAGAUGAUUCUUUUUUCACUUUUGCCCGUUCUUUGGGCUGUUUCGGUGGAGGCGAAUUUUUUCCAAUUUGAAAGCAUUUCAAAUGUAUCUACGUAUUAUUUCAAUUAUUUUUAUUGUAAUAUAUGGGAGGGGGAGUGUCAACCCAACCAGGAUGAUGCGACUCAACAAGUGCCUACAGGGGAUCUUUGGUCUGGGUUUCCUCAAGACUACAUUGGCAUGCUGACAACAUGGUAUUGUAGUCUAGGACAGUGUUGUGAUUCAGGAGACUGUAGGAUAACCAACAAUAUCACAGGGCUGGAGCUGGAUCUGCAACAGAAACUCCAUGGACAGCACCUAGCCCAGGCUGUGGUGCUAAAGGCUAUUCAAGGCUUUAUUGACAACCCCGAGUCCAAUAAACCACUGACCCUGUCCUUCCACGGCUGGUCUGGGACUGGCAAGAACUUUGUGGCACGGAUUGUCGCGGACAACCUGUACCGUGAUGGGGUGAAGAGCGAAUGCGUGCGUCUGUUCAUCGCUCCUUUUCACUUCCCGCACGUACGCCUUGUUGACGUGUACAAGGGCCAGCUAAGGGAGGCAAUACGAGACAUGGUACUGCGUUGCCCACAAACACUCUUCAUCUUUGAUGAAGCUGAGAAACUGCAUCCUGGUCUUAUUGAUGCCAUCAAACCCUAUAUGGACCAUUAUGAUAAUGUGGAUGGGGUCAGCUAUAGAAGAGCCAUUUUCUUAUUUCUCAGUAAUAUCGGUGGUGCCGCCAUCAAUGAAGUGGCGCUGGAUUUUUGGCACUCGGGACAGAACCGGGAGGACAUUGGCAUGGAGGAUUUGGAACAUCGGCUGCGAGCGGAGGCCAUGGAAGCUGAAGGGGGCUUUGCUCAGAGUGAGCUGAUGUCUGGGCAUCUGAUUGACUUCUUUGUGCCGUUUUUACCGCUGGAGUACCGCCACGUCAAGCUAUGCGCGAGGGACGCCUAUGCAGCUCGUGGUUUGCAAGCGUCGGAAGCAACUCUUGACGAGGUUGCAAAAGCCAUGCUCUACGUCCCAAAGGAAGAGAAACUCUUUUCUGCUCAAGGCUGCAAGUCCAUACCUCAAAGGAUCAAUUUUUUUCUGCCAUGAGCAUCUCAACAAACUGCUAACAUGUCAUGAACAUGGAUGAGUUCACCACAUCACCCAGACCUCACGUAAAAACACUAAACUCUGCCCUGCUGAUGUCUGAAACGUUUAACUGAAUAUAAGUGAACAUUUGAAGAACAGUUUGGUGCUUAAGCUGCUCCCCAAACACUACUCUGAUCAUGGAGCAGAGGACUUGCAUUUAGUCUUUCUGUUUUGGGGGGGAAAAACUUUACACUUUAAAUGCUUAUAUUUUUGGUUAAAUUAAGUUCAGCUCAUUUCCUUUAUUUAUUCCAUAUCUUUUUUU